ACUGUGUAGCCACAAGCCAGGACCCGCUCCGCUCUGCUCCGUACUGGAGCCCCGCAUACACCUGGCUCACGCCUCCGUGCUUGGGCUCCAGGACAUGAUGACAGCCAAGCAGCCCCCGCCGCUCAUGAAGAAGCACAGUCAGACGGACCUUGUGAGCCGCCUGAAGACUCGGAAGAUCCUAGGCGUGGGCGGGGAGGAUGAUGACGGCGAGGUGCACCGCUCCAAGAUCAGCCAGGUCCUGGGCAACGAGAUCAAGUUUGCCGUCCGGGAGCCCCUGGGGCUCAGGCUCUGGCAGUUCGUGUCUGCAGUGCUGUUCUCCGGCAUUGCCCUCAUGGCCCUGGCCUUUCCUGACCAGCUCUACGAUGCUGUCUUCGAUGGCGCCGAGGUCACCAGCAAGACCCCCAUCCGCCUCUACGGGGGCGCCCUCCUCAGCAUCUCCCUGAUCAUGUGGAACGCGCUCUACACGGCCGAGAAGGUCAUCAUCCGGUGGACGCUGCUCAUGGAAGCCUGCUAUUUUGGGGUCCAGUUUGUGGUGGUUGCUGCCACCCUGGCUGAGACGGGCCUGGUGUCCGUGGGGAUCCUGGUGCUCCUGGCCAGCCGCCUCCUCUUCGUGGCCAUCAGCAUUUACUACUAUUACCAAGUCGGCCGGAAGCCCAAGAAAGUCUAGUGGGGCCAGGGACCUGCGCAUGCUGGGCUGGGUCAGUUCUGGGGCGUCUGUGUCCCCUGACUCCUGGAAGGCAGCCCCUCCCCCCCGCCACAGUGCCCCCGGCAGGCAGGGCGAGCCCCUUCCCUCUGGAGCCCUCCCCUGGGGCUGUGGCGUCCUGGGCUUCCAGGCUGACAGGUCGGUUGGGGAGACAGGCGUCUGUACCCCACUUCCUUACUCCACAGGGAUACCCCCUUUUCUGGGCUCCAGGCGCCCUCCACAGGUCCUGAUUGGAGAGCGGAGUCCUGGGAUGUGGGCUGAGCCAGGGGGCCCCCUUCUUCUGCUAGGAAGCCCUCCUGUCUUGUGAGAGCCUGCAGAACGCUCUAGCACCCCUCAGAGCUGCCCUCUAUGCCUGGACAACCCAAGAACGUGACCCUGAUCCCCCACCUGCAGCCACAGCCUCCCCACGUGAGGCCACUGCGCACCAAGCACACGGCACGUGCCCUUCCCACGCCCGGCGGAGGCUGCAGUGGACCUUUGUGGAGGCGGGGAACCCGCACACACUUCCUGCCCUGCCCAGGCCCCGGCCCCUCCCCCAACUGGGUACAGAGGCACGUGAGACCCCCCACCCUGCAAAGGGACACACAGACAACGGGGUGGGCGGGGGCUGGUGGAGGUGACGGGUGUGGAGAUGAGGAGGAAAAGCAGGUGUGUCCCCUCGUCCCUCCACACAUACUCCAAGGCCUGGUUCCCCUCUGGCUGCCUGGCCCCUCCCUGGGAGCUGUCCCCAAGGCCUGGAUGGGCAGAGAUUUGUGCCCUCGGACUCCUCAGCUCCGGGCAUAAAUAGAAGCGAUUCAGCCAGCCACCCCUUCCCCAAGACAUGUAGGGUCGGGAGACCAUUCCGUCCUGUAGCCAGUGAUGUGUGCAUGCCUGGCGGGGAGGUGGCUCCACCAGUCACAGCUAAGCAGAGGCCCAGUGGUAGCCAAGCAGUGUGGGAACCCCUCUUGCCUGGCGUCCCACUCUUGACUCUUGUCCCUGGAGUCCCACUGCCCUCUGCCGACAGGAGCCACUGCCUUGUCUUCAGCCAAAGCCCCAGCCCCCUUCUGUGUCAGACCUUGAGGCCCAGCCGCUCCUCACUGGGGUGACAGGUGGCUGCCACUGCCGCUGGGCAUGCUGGUGGGCUUCCUUGGCCAACCCCAUACCCACUGUGGUCGGGAGGGUGUUGCAGCCUCAGCUUUCGGGGCUGUACUGGGUCCUGGGCUUCCUAGGCGUGCUUUAAACUCUGCUGUGCACCUGGGGUACAGCUGGGGGCUGGGAGUCACAUAAGGCCUGGCGGAUGUGUGGGGACCGGGGGACAUUAAGGCACAGAGGGCUGGUGCCUGGGAAGGAGGCAGCGAGGACAAGGCACCCCAUGCCUAGUGAGGAGGGCCAGGCGGGCCCCACUCUGCCACUGGGCUUGGGGCACCCUGGCCAGCCCCUCCCUGUGGAGCCCAGUACCCUAUCCAGCUUCCGCCUCUGCUUGGGCCACCCCGCUCCGGAGUCAGGACCAUCUUUAUUCACGGUCACUAUUUAUUCUUCAUUCCUUCUUUUUGUAAGAAACAGUCACAAAAACCAGUGCAAAACCA